AUGAAGGGACUUGUGUUCGUUGUCGCCGUGGCUCUUGCCUGCUGUGUCACUACGUGUGGAGCACUUGAGUGCCCCAUUUGCAACAGCGUGAUCUCGAGGGCGGAGUGUAUGCGGCAGCCACGGCAGACCUGUAACGCCAGCGGCAUCGGCAUCUUUCCCACCCCCGUCUGUCUAACCAUUCAAAACAAGACUGCUGUAAAUGAGACAUGGAGCAACAGCUGUUCAACAGAGGAGCUGUGCAUCGUAGCCCAGAAAUUCAACCCCGUACUGUGCCAGCCUACGCGGAACACAUUCACCUGUUACUCCUGUUGCGACACUGACGGCUGCGUGGGACAACCCGCAGCUGCAUCCGCCGCUCGGAUCAGCGCCGUCACCAUGACAACCGCCGCCCUGGCCGUCCUCAUGAAGAACGCCGCGGGCUUCUAGCCCUGCGUCGCCAUGACGACGAAUGUCGCUAAAUACUGACGCCAUUUUUGCUUAAAGCAAAUGCAUUUGAUUUGCAUGUAAGAUAAGACAAAUGUUACUCUCUAACCAGACUCCAAUGGAAAAAAAUAGUAAAAAAAAAA